GUGUAGUGUAAACGCAUUGUAUUAUUGUAUGUGUAUUGUUAUGCAUGACCUCUGACCCUGGUCCACCCCAACCUUACCUGGUCCAACCUACUGGAGCUCCAGUUCUGAUCCUGCCGUAUACCGCACCACACCUGUUACCCUGUUUUUCCUUAUAUAUUUUUACCAUUGUCUGUUGUCUGCCGCAUAUUGUCAGGUAAGACACCAGAUAUUUGAACUAUAUGUUUUGUAGUUUCUCGGCUACACAACAUUGGCGUCGCCGGUAGGAUAUGUUUUGUAGUUUCUCGGCUACACAACAUUGGCGUCGCCGGUAAACUUUUAUCGUAUUUUUUGUGUAUUUUUUGGAUAUUUUUGUCCACACGGCGAUACACAUAUCGCCGGUUGGAUUUUCUCGGUCAAGUUCGUUUUUGAGCAACAUUUUUUUGCAUUGGUCGUUUAUUAAAAGCGUCAGGUGCGUUAUUCCUACAAUUUGACCGGUAAUUUCAUGUUUUCAUAGUGUGUUUUUUGUCACGGCGUGCUGACAGUUAGCACGUGCGGCGUCGUGAUAUUUUCAUAUCGGAACUCAAUAUUGUCAUUAUUUUUUCUAUUGUGUAUUGUUGUUUGCUUGAGUUUUCAUAAGCGUACUUAGAGCGAAAUUUAGUAUAAUUCGUCUUGUAUUUUUGUCACUCGUGUUUCUGUAAACACGUGGGUGACCGUUUCUCAUGCAUGAUAAGCGUGAUCGUAAACACGUGUUCAAGAGUAUAAAAUUUUCGUAGUUUUUCAAUUAUUUUUCGUAUUUAUGUAGUAUAUUGUCACACUCAAGUGUUUAUCUAACUUUGAAAGUCAUACUUGUAGUUAUUAUUACCUAGAAAAGGUUUUUCUUAUUUUUGACAUUUGUUUACUGUUUCGGUCGUCUUGUCUGUCGCCAUUUUUAGCGCCAAAUCGACUGUGACGUUUUAAAGUGAAAGUAACUUUCACUUUCGAUUUCACUUUUCUGAAAACGUGUUUGUUUACAUUAGACUAGUUAGUAGUUUAUGAAAUAUAUUUUCAAGCUUAGUUAGUAGUUUUAAGUAAGGUUAUUAUUGUUUACAUAAACAUUUACUUUAUUUAUUAGGAGAAGUAAUAUUUUGAAAUAUUUUCUAGAACUCUUUUUGCUGCUGUAGUGUACACAUCAGUUGUGGGCAGAAUUAUUUGAUAAGUUCACGAAAUCAUAAGGUCUUUUCAUAUCUAUUGACAAUUAUAUUGUAUUAAAUUAGUUGAACAUAUCAUAAGUUCAAGUAGUUUGGGCUGUUAUAUUUGUAAAUUUUUCAGAUUUUUUAAAAUUACACUUUAGGGGGGAAAAAAGAAGAGAAUUUUUGUUUUUUUCUAAAUUUUUCAAAUUGUUUUUUCACUCAAUUAGGUUAUUUUUGUUCAGUCUCUGUUUUAAAACAAGUUUUUGAAUUAUAGAUAUUUCUUGUAUUUAAUUGUCAAAAUUAGUUCAGGCUUUGAAAUUACUAAAGUUAGAACUGAUUACUUGUGAUCACCAGCAUGCAGUCAACCAUGCAGUCAAUAAUGGACAAUUCAUUGACUUACCAUCAUUAUGAUCAACAAGAUGUAUUCUAAUCCAAUCAACGUUGGAUAUAUUAGUGAGGGGGUGAGUGCACAGAGUGCAUUUCAGCAACCAUUAGUAGGUCCAGUGUCUACAGGCCAACUUUCCCUGCAGACAGGUACAGUGCUACAUGGUCAUAAUGCCCCUCCAGGAUUCACCCAACAUUACAGUGGAAUCCCUGCACCAUAUGGAACACCAUAUUCAGCUCAAUACCCUCCACAAAGUGCUAUUCUAAAUCCAUGGGGGGUAAUGUCAGGUGUUUCAAUGGGACCAAAUAACAACACAAAUAUGUUAGUUGGAAGUUCUUCCAUGACACAGGGAGGUUAUUUACCGUCAAAUGUCAAUGGAAUGAUGCCAACUGGAUAUACCGUUUCAAGGGCCACUGGAACAAGUUACACUGGUACAUUUUCCCAGGCACAGGGAGGUUCGACUGGUUCCAUACCGUCAAGUGUUCAGGGGUUAAUGAUGCCAUACCAAACAACAUCAAGUCAAAGUGGAUUUCCUUCCCAUGCAGCAAGCAAUUUCCAGUCAUCUGUUUCUCAGGCAUCAGUACUACCGACCACCAGUGUACCCAUACCACAAAGCGGCAAUAUACCAUUCAAUGGUCAGGGUACUAUUGUCAACAUAGUACCAUCUACCACCAAUAUACCUAUACAACAGGGUAGUUAUGUACCAUUUAAUGGUCUGGGAACCAAUGUCAAUAUAGUACCAUCUACUACCAAUGUACGCAUACAACAGGGUAGUUAUGUACCAUUUAAUGGUCUGGAAACCAAUGUCAAUAAUGUACCACCUACAAACAAUGCAUCCAUACCACAGGGUGGUUACGUACCAAUAAGUGGUCAAGAUACAAGUGUCAAUAAUGUACCAUUUACCAACGGCGUACCAAUACCACAGGGCAUCUAUAUACCGAUGAGUAGUCAUAGUACGAAUCUCAACAUGGUACCAGGUACAUAUACCAACAGUACUCCAAUACCACAGGGCGGUUACUUACCGAUUAGUGGUCAGGGUACAAACGUCAACAUCGUACCACUUACCAACAUUGCACCUGUACCACAUGGCGGUGUCAUACCAUUCAGUGGUCAAGGUACAAACUCAAACCUGGUAACAGCCACUACACCACAAGCGGGUUACAUUUCAUGUACUGGUCAAGGUGUUGAUCUCAAGGUUAUGUCACAAACAUUAUACCCACCAGUUCAAUCAACACAGAGCUCAAAUACUUUCAAUCAGUAUCUGCCGUGUACACCAAACCAGGCUAUGCUAAACAGCACUAAACAACAGGUACUGACACACAAUCAUAUUCAACCACCACCAGGUUUUCAACAACUACAGCCACAGCAAGUAUCACAAACACCCAGCCAGUUUCUUCAAUGCACACAACAGCAGACUGUACAAUACAAUCAACAGGUUAACAUGCAACCAUUGGGAAUACAACCUACACAGCAGGUUAACUCUCAACCAAUAACAACACAAGAUCAGCUCACAAAACAGAUACAUGCUCCAACAUUGCCAUCUCGGAAUCAGCAGACACGAAAGAUUAACACUCAAACACUGCAGACCCAAAUCAACAUGAAACAGCCGCAACAACACAACUCUCAGACACAACUUGAUCAGAUUAUCUCUCCACCACAGCAUUACACAAUGCAGCAAAGCAGGUCAAAUGUAUACCAUGUUGGUCAAGUACAUCAACAAACUCAAAUGCGAGAUGUACCAUGUCAAAUACUGCAAAAUGUACCAUGCCAAAAUACAAGUAUGGCACCAGCUCUGAUGCAGGAUCUGACCCCAGGCCUAACAGAUCAAGUCAGUCCGACUCUGUUACAUGGCAGUAACAUACCUCCCCCUGGAGCAGGUUUGACAGUUACGGGUAGCAUUCAGUACCAAGUCAGUCUGGCAAAGUUGCAAGGUGGUUAUGAACCACUAAUGGCUUCAGCCGGUACUGAAUCUAUUACUGGAAAUGUGGAGAAGAUUUCCAAGAUGCAGAUGCCUUGCUACAAUUCUGAGUCGGUCCAGACAGUGGGCGCUUUAAAACCGCUAACUGUUGAGGUAUCUGACCAGGGUUCUUCAGUGUCUGGCAAUAUCAUUUUAACAGCUAAAGCAAGUGUUUGUUCUGACCAUGCACGGAUCACACAACCCCAUGGAUCUAAGCAAACACUCAUGUUAUUGCAGCAGUGCCAACAACCACAUUUGCAAGGUGUACUUGCGCCACUCCUAGCACUUCAGUUGCCUCCUGAACAAUACAUGGCACAACCUCAACACCAGCCAAUCAUGUCGCUCUUACCACACCAACAGUUUGUAGAAUGUUCACAAGAGCAGCAGAUGACACUGACCACUAUCGAACAGCAACCUGCAACAAUGCUUCCAAAGCAACACUUGUCAAACCUGCAAUCAUCCCCAGAUCAUGCUAACACAAAAAGUGGUAACAUACACAGUGAUUGUGGUGAAGAUGAUAGGCAAGAUGUUUGCAAUGAACAUGAAAUGUCAGAUCUUGCUGAGGCACUGACUGAUGGAAGAGAGCAGCCAGAGGUGUUUGAUACACAUGAACAAGACACUUUGCUGCGGACAGUCAAGAGACACUAUGUUGAGGUCUAUCAACGGCUGUCCACCCUGAAAAAUCAUGUCGACUCUUUGGUCACAGACAUGCAGACCAUCACAAAGGGAAUGGAAGCAAUUGAUCUGGAGCAGAAUCAUCUGAAAUAUGACUGCUAGUGAGAAAUAACUGUAAAUUUGUUAAUAACUUAUCAUGAUUCAUUAAGCAGAAUGUUACAUGUAUCAAGACAUUUGCAGCUGCUGAUAAAUUUAUGUUAUUGACAAACCAGUAUGAACAACAAUUAAAUCCUAUACAGUUGUAAGAGUAAUUUAAAUAUGUAGAUCUGACAAUCAUUAUGUUUUAGUAAACAUUGUUUCCAAGCCAAUUUUCCUAUUAGAAACUUGUAAUUACAUGUAUUAGUUAUGUAAUAUUUGCUAGUAGUUUUCAUAGUUUAGUAUAAACAAAUAUCGGUACAAUGUGCAUUUGUUUCAAUAUGUAAGAUAUAUGCAUUAUGUUCUGAACAAGUCAGUAGAAUGUUAUAUGCUUGUCAUUUGCACUACUGAAGUUCAAUAUACUUAGAUUAUCAUAGUACCUGUAUGUUAUUCAUGUACCUUGUAUUUCAGUCGAUGAAGAAGUUCCAAGAUCAGGGUCAUGUCACAUUUAUAGUUUAUCAUUAACAGUAUUCUUUGUCAUGCAGCAUUUUAUAGUUAACAUUCCCCGUCCAUGUUUUCAUAUUUUUGGUUGUUCAUAUUUUGAUACAGUGUGUAGUUGAAAGAAGCAUUCUUUUUCAUGUAAAACUAGUUUGUUUUGUUAUUUAUUAUACAAGAAAUAAUUUGUUAGUCAAGAAAGGGUGAUUGUCAUAAUUAGAUUAAAUCCAUUUUGUGCUUUUAAUAAUUGGUAUUUGAUAGCUCUCCGUUACUGUUAAGUUAGUUAAUCUACCAAUAUAUAUAGGAAACAUCAGCUACUGCUUUAACAUCCUCAAAGGCUUGUUUAGACAUACAUACAAACAAUUCCGGAAUCUGACAUAAUGCAACAGAAGACCAUUUCCAAGUUACAGAAUGGUCAGCUAGAUCAACAGGACUUUUCCGAAGUUCAUGACGGAGCAGAAUGUUCUACGGAUCAUGAGACGGCGGACUAAGAAUGUUGCAUCUUAAACUCAGCUGUAGAUUUUACCAUAUGGAUCAGAGCCUUUUUCCACAUAGGCCCACAUUAGUUAUUGUUUAUCUUGGUAUAUACCUACCUUCACUUCACCAGAAUAAAGCUGCAUUUAGACAAUAAUUUGUUGGUAUAUAAUUGUACAUACCGUACAAGUGUUUGUUGGUGGAAUCUGAUCACUCCAUUACAUAGAGGCCUUACCUUGCCCAGCAUUGUCUGUACCCUAACUGUGAAAGGAGGGGAGGAUAAUGUUCAGCACCAGCACAUCCUCAAGAUAUUUAGGGAUAUACAUCCAAUUUAUUUUAUUGACGAGACUGCAUGUGAUGUGCCAACUCCAAUACUCAAAAUUUAUAUCUUUGAUAGUAGGUGCAUUAGGACGCUGAUGUCCACAGUGCCAUCACAUUGUAAUGUUCCUGCUAAAUUUAGGGCUAGAUAUUGUUCUGCCCAAUUCAAGUGGGAUUUGUACUUAAUCUCGUUGUAUUUUCAUAUGGUAGUUUUCUUAAAUAAUUCCUCCAAAACUUGUAUAGAGAAAUUUUAGCAUAUUUUUCAGUAUCUUGUAUUGUCAACCUUUUUAAAAAAGAGAUUACCUACUGUAGUCUAUGUACAUUCAUCUUUUUAUUAUAAAACGGGGAGGAGUGUAGUGUAAACGCAUUGUAUUAUUGUAUGUGUAUUGUUAUGCAUGACCUCUGACCCUGGUCCACCCCAACCUUACCUGGUCCAACCUACUGGAGCUCCAGUUCUGAUCCUGCCGUAUACCGCACCACACCUGUUACCCUGUUUUUCCUUAUAUAUUUUUACCAUUGUCUGUUGUCUGCCGCAUAUUGUCAGGUAAGACACCAGAUAUUUGAACUAUAUGUUUUGUAGUUUCUCGGCUACACAACAG